AUGCUAUACGGCCCACCAUUAGCAUACUGUUCGGAAUCAACACGACACGAAAGAAACUGGCUAUCAGGAUCAUCAGUUGCAGGAAUCAUAGUGGCCAUUGUCUUUUCAUCCACAUUGAUAUGCUUGGGUUUGCUUUACGUAAUGCUGAAAAUGUGUUGGAAAUGGAGAAAAGUUUCCAUUGCAUGUUCAGAUACUGGUAAAUCUGAGCCCAAGAAAGAAGAGGAAUGGUUUUAUGGAGAAGAAAUGAAGAGUGAUGAGUGUUGGAAUGUCAAUACAAUUGCAAUUCUAUCAUCACAAGACAAGCAAAUGUCUAAUUCAGAUGCAUUUGUCACCUGA